UCUGAAGCCGUUGCUGGCUUCUUACCGCCUGGCUUUAGCUUUAAUAUUAUAACCUAACGAUAGUUAAUAUAUGUGCGAAAACCAUCUGUCUUGCAGUCGAUUAAAUAGAUAACAUGGUCUGACUUGAACACAAGAGCUGUGGAAGAUAUCGGCAAUUGAAAGGUUAUAUCCAAGUAGGGACUGAAAGUUCUUGCUGGGGACAACGGAGAUAUGAUGCGCCUCUGAAAAUACCUUGCUCACAUGGGCUCCUAUCCUGUGCUGACCCAAUGGUUUAAUCACCAGGACUAAAAAUGAGCAUAAGCAGUGAUGAGGUCAAUUUCCUGGUUUACAGAUACCUGCAAGAGUCAGGCUUCUCCCACUCAGCGUUCACCUUUGGCAUAGAGAGCCACAUCAGCCAGUCCAACAUCAAUGGAGCCCUGGUGCCCCCUGCUGCCCUCAUCUCCAUCAUCCAGAAGGGCCUGCAGUAUGUUGAGGCAGAAGUCAGCAUCAAUGAGGACGGGACCUUAUUUGACGGGCGGCCCAUUGAGUCGCUGUCUUUAAUCGAUGCCGUGAUGCCAGAUGUGGUCCAGACCAGACAGCAGGCCUACAGGGACAAACUGGCCCAGCAGCAGCAGGCGGCGGCAGGCAGCGGCAGCAGCACAGGACCCCAAGGAAGCACGAAAAACGGAGAGGGCGCUGCCAACGGGGAGGAAAAUGGAUCCCACGCCUUAGCCAAUCACCACUCAGAGAUGAUGGAGGUGGAUAGGGACGUGGAGAUCCCCCAGAGUAAAGCCAUGGUCCUGAGGGGCCAUGAGUCCGAAGUUUUUAUCUGCGCCUGGAACCCAGUGAACGACCUCCUCGCCUCUGGGUCUGGGGACUCAACAGCACGGAUCUGGAACCUAAGUGAGAACAGCACAGGCGGAUCCACCCAGCUGGUUCUGAGGCACUGCAUACGGGAAGGGGGCCAGGACGUACCCAGCAACAAAGACGUCACCUCACUAGACUGGAAUAGUGAGGGAACGUUGCUAGCAACAGGCUCAUACGAUGGGUUUGCUAGAAUAUGGACAAAAGAUGGUAACUUGGCCAGUACAUUGGGUCAACAUAAAGGUCCUAUAUUUGCACUCAAGUGGAAUAAGAAAGGAAACUUCAUCCUCAGUGCUGGUGUAGACAAGACCACAAUUAUUUGGGACGCACACACGGGAGAGGCAAAGCAACAAUUUCCUUUCCACUCGGCACCUGCUCUGGACGUAGACUGGCAGAGCAACAACACGUUUGCCUCCUGUAGCACAGACAUGUGCAUCCAUGUGUGUAAGCUGGGUCAGGACAGACCUGUCAAGACCUUUCAGGGACACACGAAUGAGGUGAACGCCAUUAAGUGGGAUCCCACUGGCAGCUUGCUGGCCUCCUGCUCCGAUGACAUGACUCUCAAGAUCUGGAGUAUGAAGCAGGACUCAUGUGUCCAUGACCUUCAGGCCCACAGCAAAGAAAUCUACACCAUCAAGUGGAGCCCCACAGGCCCCGGGACCAACAACCCCAGCGCCAACCUCAUGUUGGCCAGCGCAUCAUUUGACUCAACAGUGCGUCUGUGGGACGUAGAGCGUGGGGUGUGUAUCCACACACUGACCCGCCACCAGGAGCCCGUCUACAGCGUGGCUUUCAGCCCUGAUGGCAGGCACCUCGCCAGCGGCUCUUUUGAUAAGUGUGUCCACAUCUGGAACACUCAGACUGGUGCUUUAGUCCACAGCUACCGGGGGACAGGAGGGAUCUUUGAGGUGUGCUGGAACGCCACAGGGGACAAAGUAGGAGCCAGCGCGUCAGAUGGAUCGGUUUGUGUAUUAGACCUGAGGAAAUGACGCUCGUCUGCGGGAGCCAUGGACCGACUACGAAUGUGUACAUAGCCAAAAUGACUGACUGUCCCUGCCUGUCCGCCACACUGCUGUAGUCCCAUCAGAUGCCAUGGCCCACCAUUACAGCCAAACAGAGCCUCCCCCCUCCUCCUCAUGUACACACAAGGACCACACCUUCGCUACAUACAGUCAUUAUGUACCUGUCUGACAGGUGUGUAUGGACACUUGCGUUGCUCUCACAGACCUGCAGGGAGAAACCUGCAGUUUGUACACUCAGUAUGACCUUGUUGGACCCAUCACACACAAACCAAAACACCAGGAUUCUUCUUGCUUUCCUCUUUUUAUCCUUUGUACCAGAUUUAUAAAGAUUUUUGUUCUCUGUUGGUGUGUGCAUAUUGCAUAUGUCAGCAUCUGGUGUCCUGUGGACAUUGUUGUUUUGAAUUUGGAUUUUACUGUAGGUUUUAUAUUACAUGUGGGUUGGGAGAGAAGGGAGGGGGGGUUGAGAGUUGUUUGUCUUUUACAAUUGGUAUUCGAAGCUGUUCAUUGGGAGAUCCAUUCAUCUUUUUUCUUGGCACUCUUCAAGGUUCAAAAAUGCAGAUGUAUAGCUCAGAAGAUGAAGUGGUUUAUAAUUUUGUCAACUAUUUUUAUCGAAUAGAUUUGCUCCAUUUGCCAUUUUUAACAAAGUCUAAAGCAGUUAAUCAAAGGGUGAACUGUCCUUUGUUUUUGCAACUUUUAUCCUCAGAAAUGGUUUUCAGGUUUUCACAAUUCAUCAGGUUAAUAUAGAGCUCUAAAGAAUUCAAAACCUCCAGGCUGAGAGAUAAUCUGUGUAGCUGUUAAACUCCAUGUCAAUCUCAUGUUCUAACAGCGUGCUGGGCAGAAAGACAGUUAAUGUGCAGUCAGCUUGAGGUUCCUGUCAUUGAAACUGAGCUCGUCCUGGACCUGCGUCCUAAGCUUACGAGUAGACGGCCAUGCUUUUGUGUCAGUAGUGAGGUAACGUGGCACAGCAAUAGCUUGCUUUCUGGCGUCAAUGCAGCUUCUGUGGGGAAAGAGAGAGAGAGAGGGCGAGAGAGAUAUGGGAAAACAAGCCCAUAACGGCUUGAAUCCAUCUGACGUAAACAAUUAAUAGUCAUAAUUGUGCUUGUAUCCAAUGCUUAAUGAUAAUCAGACUAAGUUGGUCUAAUUGUGCUUGGUCAUUAAACAUCAGGACAUCAUGUGGAGUGCCACUCCCUCUGCAGGCACAGGGUUUUGGAUCGCACCUUCGUAAACACAACUCAACAUUCGCUCACAUCACGACUGAGACAGUGAAUCGAAAACUGCACACUUCACAUCAGUUGGUCAUGUUGAGCAGACCUUCACAACCACGAGUCAGCUUAAAACUUUCACUCUGUAACGUGUGCAGCUUUCGUAUCCAGUGUUGACCUAAGUACACACUACAGUCCUUGCUUUGGUUUGCUGUUGUUGCCCAGCAUUAACACACAUACACACUCUCUGGAGACAGGCUGUGUUCAGGCCUAUGCACGGAUAGACGGCGCUUUUGUUUGUAGUGUUCAGACUUGCUGUUUUGAGGCAAGUCUAUGCUUGUUGUUACAGAGCAGACUCGCAGCAUAUGACUUCAUGUAACAUGGUAUCUGCAUAUAAUAUAUAUAUAUAUAUAAAUAUAUAUCUGUGCUAUCACAGGGGAUUCUUUUGUAUGCCACUUGUGUGCUGAGGGUGGAUUUUAAAGUAACUUUUUGAAGACGCUUGAACUACAGUAUGUGAUGUUUUUGUGCAUCACCAGGGGUCGUGACCAUGAGGAAUGGUUUUUAUAAAAUACCAUUAAACAGUCAUAGCGAAUUAAAAACAAAAAGAAGAGCAGCCCUUUGAAGGGUCUUUUUUCUCUGCACUUUAGGCUAAAAAUGGAGAAACGGAGGUGUGUUUAUUCAAGUCAUCAUAGACACACCUAAUGUUGAAAAUGCUCUUAACGAUGAAUCAGAAUUGAUGCAGAACGUGUGGCGUGAAGUGUUCCAGUGGGGAGACGAGGGGGGAAAGGUGUCUUGUCUCAACUCCUCAAGGUUAGACGAACCAAGCCAACUUCAUCUCAUAGCCAUAACUAACAUCUAACGGCUUGACACAGACACAGACACACACACAGACACACACACAGACACACACACACAGACACACACACACACACAGUCAGAAGUUUCAGAGAUUUUGUUCAGAAUGUUGCUCGUUUUUAAAAAAGAAAAAAAAAAAAAAAUUUUUGUACUGAAGCUAUAGACUAUUUUGAAGUUUGCUUUAAUGCAGUCAGCAGUGAUUGGACUGUACCACAAAGACACUAUUUCAAAUGAUGUCUAUGACAGUGGAAUGGUAUUUUAUAAUGGUUUGUUUUUAGAUGAUAAGCUUUUUACACUGCAGUCAAGCGUGUUUGCUAUUUUUUGUUCCUACCGAAAGUACUAAUGUUGACUCUAUCUUUGCUAUGUCGGAGAGCCCUUGAAGGUUUUGUACUUCUCAAAACUUUUGUAAUUCUGAUUUAUUUGUAGCUAUGUACUCAAAAUGAACAAAAAUAUAAAAUUUGGAUUUAAUUGUUGAUGUAUUAUAACACAGAACAUGUAAAUACCAAUUUGCAGAUUUUUUUUUUGUGUUGUCUUUGCCCUCACCUAUGUUGUACUCUCUUUCUCUCUCACUCACAUGGUUGCUGGUCUGCAGCCUCCUGAUCUGACUGUUGUAAAAUCACUCAGAUCUCAAGGUCUAGAAUAAAAUCUAUUUUGAUAAUA